AUGAAUAAAGCCACGGAAAAGCUGAUGGCAUAUCGGAGAGAAGCACAGAAAAAGUGUGCAGAAGCUACUGGCGAUAAUGUGCCGGUGGAGCCAGAAAAGAUGUCAGCAUAUUCCGUUUUCAAUCCCAAUUGUGAAAGAUUACUGGGUCAAAUGACCGCUGAGCAUUUUGAGCGUGAUGUAUUACGAAGGCGAAUUGAUUGA